UGGUAAACUUCACCGACGGCAGGGAUGGGGUGACUGGAAUUCAGCAGAGAGUUCGGCCGCGGUCGUCACGCCGAUCUCGGUUGUGUCAGGUUCGACGGAGGGAGAGGUGAAGAAGGCAAGGGGAAGGCCGGCGGGGUCGGGGAGGAAGAGGCAGAUGGAUGCCCUAGGGUCAGGAGGGAUUGGAUUUACUCCACAUGUCAUCACUGUCAAAGCUGGCGAGGAUGUCUACUCCAAGAUUAUGUCAUUUUCUCAACAUGGGCCUCGAGCUGUCUGCAUUCUAUCGGCAAAUGGAGCAAUAUCUAAUGUAACACUUCGCCAGGCAGCAACUUCUGGCGGGACCGUGACUUAUGAGGGUCGAUUUGAGAUACUAUCACUUUCUGGCUCGUUUCUUCUGUCAGACAAUGGUGGCCAGCGAAGCCGAACCGGUGGUUUGAGUGUGUCACUUGCUGGGCCUGAUGGCCGCGUUCUGGGUGGUGGAGUGGCUGGACUCUUAACCGCAGCAUCACCUCUGCAGGUUGUUGUUGGUAGUUUUAUUGCUGAUGGACCGAAGGAAUCUAGGCCAAUGAGCGCUGCAGACCAAUCAGCAGCCCCUGCGAAGUUUGCUUCUAGCACGAUGACUGGGGCUUCAAGUCCACCAUCACGAGGCACAAUGAGUGAAUCUUCAGGUGGACCUGGGAGCCCACUGAACCACAAUAAUGGCAACCAGCAAGGGUUUUCCAGCAUGCCAUGGAAAUAGAAUGAGGGUAAAGAUUUGGGAAUCUCGAGACCCCUUGUGUAAUCUCAUUUAAUAGCUCCAAAAUAUCCAGUUCUCUUAUAUAUAAUUAUAUGUAAGUCUAGGACAGGAAAAGCAGUGGGCACUGGAAGUUAACCCAUUAUAUACCAGCAGUCUGGGUGAGUUCCACUAUCUAUGGCCUUGUUGCUCUGUUUUGUUGUAACUUAAAAUUUAUGUAUGUUACCAGAGUGUUUUUGAAAUAAUCUAAUGGUGUUCUUCUGUUUAAUAGACGCGCAGUUUGCAAUA